AUGGAGAAAGAAGAGAAUGAUGGCAGCGUGACUAUUACCAUCACCACCACCACCACCAAUUCCGUCCAUCCUCCUCAUGUACCACCAUCCAAGAAGCGCAGCGGCUUGAGCCUCUUCCGAGCCGCUCUCUUCACGGUCCGCCGCAACCACCAACCGGACAAGAAGGCUCACGUCAAUGCCAAUGCUCCUGAUUAUCCAGCGGAAACUCACAGCAUCUGGAGGAGCUUCCUUUGUGGCAUGCGCCCCCUCCACCUCCAACAGCUCGAAGACUGCCCAUCUUUGUUGCCACAUCCGCAGCUGGUCGAGCGUGAAUUGUUCCAUGACACACCUCUUCCACCACCAUCACCGGGCUGCUCAGAUGAUGGUAUGAGCCGCUAUGCCUCCGCAGAGGACCUCCAAGCACUUGACAAGAGCAAGGACGGUGACGACGACGAGGAGGAUGCCACCAGUGAGAGCAGGAACUCGCAUUCGAUUGACAUGAGAGCCGAUGAGUUCAUUGCAAGGUUCUAUGAGCAGAUGAGACUCCAACGCUUGGACUCCUGCAGUGAUCAAGAUGAUUAGACUAUCGAGCAGGGUGCAUCCGUUUUGUGGGUGGCAAGUUCUUUCUUUCCUUAUCCAUUUGGGAACUUGGUUUUAUUUGAUUU